ACAAAUUACAUCCUCUCCGGCUCCUUCCCCGCUCGAUGCUUCUGCUGCACAGAUAGGUCUAUUCUCUUCUCCCUCUCUCUCUCUCUCUCGAACUGACUUAGAGCCACUGUGAUCCUUGCGAAUUUCGGCGGCAGGAUUGGGUGUUGAGGUUGAUCGAGGAAGAUCGGUGAUUGGUUUGGCUGGGUUUUUUUCUGGAGUAUACUAAUAAGAGUGGGAAGGAGGAGAAAAGGGGCUUGGUUGUCCUGUGAUAGUUGGGAUGGGUGUAGGGAAAGGCAAAGUUUGUAUAAUGGUUUCAUGGGCUCAGGGCUGAAGAGAACAAAAUUGACGAAAGCGGAUCCGUGAAUCUUCAAUAUUGAUUAUCGUUUGACUCAGUCUUGGGGCAGGUUCGGGUAUCCAAAUAUGACUUCUGCAGCUCCUAGUAAUACUCAGAAGUUAACUACGAAUGAUGCACUGGCCUAUUUGAAGGCUGUCAAAGAUAUUUUUCAGGAUAAGAGGGAGAAGUAUGAUGAGUUUCUCGAAGUCAUGAAGGAUUUUAAGAGCCAGAGGAUUGAUACUAGCGGAGUAAUUAUGAGGGUGAAAGAACUUUUCAAGGGGCAUCGUGAUCUUAUUCUAGGUUUCAACACCUUCUUGCCUCAUGGGUAUGAAAUCAAGCUUCCCGAGGAAAAGAAGCCUGUUGAGUUUGAGGAGGCUAUUAGCUUCGUGAACAAAAUAAAAAAUCGAUUCCAGAAUGAAGAGCAUAUUUACAAGGCUUUCUUAGAUAUUCUAAAUAUGUAUAGGAGGGAGAAUAAGUCCAUUCAUGAUGUUUAUCAAGAGGUUGCAGUGCUUUUCCAGAGUCAUCAUGAUUUACUCGAAGAAUUUACACAUUUUUUACCAAAUACAUCAGCCACAACUGCUCCACAACAUCUAUCUUCUGUAAGACCAUUUGUGAGGCGUGAUGAUAGGAGCUCUCUGAUGCCAUUUAUGAGAAAUCCUCCAAUGGUAAAGUAUUCUUUUUGUCAGAAGGAAAGGGCAAAUAGUUCAUACUUGGAGCGUGACCUUAGUGUUGAUCGUCCUGAUCUAGAACAUGAGCAGAGGCGCACUGAGAAGGAAAAGGACAGGAAAGAAGAAAGGGAUAGACGAGAACGAGAUCGGGAUGAGAAAGACUUUGAGCAUGAUAGUAGGGAUUUAGAAUUAACUCGCAAAAGGAAACCUUCUCAUAGGGUUGAUGAUGAUGCCCCUGAACUGAUGCACCAAGGAGAAGGUGCUGAAAACUUUGGAAUGUACUGCAUGUCUGCUUCAUUUGGGGAUAAGAAUUCCCUAAAGAGUGUAUAUACACAAGAAUUUGCUUUUUGCGAGAAAGUUAAGGAGAAAUUGCACCCGGAUGCAUACCAGGAGUUUCUAAAGUGCUUGCAUAUAUAUAGCAAGGAGAUUAUUACCAGAGAUGAACUGAAGAAUUUGGUUAGUGAUAUCCUUGGAAAAUAUUCUGAUCUGAUGGAGGGUUUCAAUGAAUUUUUAGCCCACUGUGAGAAUAUGGAUGGAUUCCUUGCGGGUGUUUUCAAUAAAACAGAACCCUUGUGGAGUGAAGGACAUAAGGCUAAAUUAGUUAAGGUGGAGGAUAGAGAAAGAGAAAGGGAGCGUGAAAGAGAUGACAGAGAUAGAGACCGUGAAAGAGAGAGAGAUAAAGAUAAGGAGCGAUGUGACAAAGGUUGUUAUAUUUCCAAGGAUACAGCUAAUCACAAAGGUCCUUUGGUCUCAAAAGAAAAGUUUAAUUUAUACAAACCAAUUUCAGAGCUUGAUUUAUCAAACUGUCAACAGUGUACCCCUAGUUACCGCCUACUGCCAAAGAAUUACCCAAUUCCUGCUGCAAGCCAAAGGACUUCGCUUGGUGCAUCUCUACUGAAUGAUGUUUGGGUAUCAGUGACUUCUGGAAGUGAGGAUUAUUCUUUUAAACACAUGCGGAAAAAUCAAUAUGAGGAAAGCUUAUUUAGAUGCGAGGAUGAUAGGUUUGAGCUGGACAUGUUACUAGAAUCAGUAAAUGCUGCUACUAAGCGAGUGGAGGAACUAUUGGAGAAGAUGCAGGAUAACACCAUCAAGCCGGAAUCUCCAUUUCACAUUGAGGACCAUUUUACAUCUCUAAAUUUAAGGUGCAUCGAACGAUUAUAUGGAGAUCAUGGGCUGGAUGUUAUGGAUGUUUUACGGAAGAAUGCUAGCCUUGCAUUACCUGUAAUAUUGACUCGUCUGAAGCAAAAGCAAGAGGAAUGGUCAAAGUGCCGUGCAGAUUUUAAUAAGGUGUGGGCAGAAAUUUAUUCAAAGAACUAUCACAAAUCACUUGAUCAUCGUAGUUUCUAUUUCAAGCAACAAGAUACAAAGAAUUUGAGUGCGAAAGCUCUGCUGUCUGAAAUUAAAGAAAUUAGUGAGAAGAAGAGGAAGGAGGAUGAUGUGCUUCUUGCUAUUGCUGCUGGAAAUCGGAGACCUAUAAUUCCCAGCAUUGAAUUUGAAUAUGCAGAUCCAAAUAUUUUCAAUGAUCUCUAUCAGAUCAUUAAAUAUUCAAGCCGAGAAGUAUGUGCAUCUUCAGAUCAGUUGGACAAAGUCAUGAGGAUAUGGACAACCUUUUUGGAGCCAAUAUUUGGUGUCCCUCCUCGCCCUAUGGGAAUAGAGGAUACUGAAGGUGUCUCAAAAAUUAAAGUUCAUAAUAAAACUAGUGUAGCAAAUGCAGGAGAAAGCAAUGGUUUUCCCGAUGUUGAUGGAUUUAUAGCCAAUAACAAGUCUGUUAAGGGUGAUGGUGGCAUUAUUCAAGAACAGGCAACAGGCAAGAUUAGAGUUGCAAAUGUAGAAGCAGUGGUUCUUGACAAUGGUGUUCAUGAUAGCGAUAGACCUGUUCUUCAAAAUGAUAAUAUCUCAAAAACUCCGGUGCAAGGACGAGUUCAGACUAGUGCAAAUGCAUAUGAAAGGUCUGUUAUAACCAUGCAUGUUGCUCCUGGUGGACGUUCAAUUGAUAUUGUUCCUGCUUCUUCCAGAAUGCAAUCAAAUAUUUGUAUUGUGUCGGGGUUUAGUGCAACAACAAAGUCCAGUCAUACUGGUACUGAGGCUGCAGCUGAGCCUCGUGCUCACAAUGACGUUUUGCCUCCUUUAGAGGGAGGGGAUACUGCAAGAUCAAUAUUAGUGACAAAUGGCAACUGCAUUACCAAAAGUAGUAAAGCCAAUCGCUACCAUGGAGGUGUUGGUUCUCAAAAUGAGAGGGAGGAGGGAGAGUUAUCACCUAAUGGAGAUUUUGAAGAGGAUAAUUUUGUGGCUUUUGAGGAUAAUGCUAUGGAUGCAUCUACUAGACAAAAGGGUGGUUCUGCUAACAGAACAUUUCAGGUUAGAGAUGGAGAAGUUGAAGCCUGUGGUGAUACUGCUGGAGAGAAUGAUGCAGAUGACGAGGGUGAAGAAAGCGUUCAGAGAUCUACAGAGGACAGUGGAAAUGCAUCUGAAGCAAGAGAGGAUGUUUCAGGCAGUGAAUCAGGUGAUGAAUGCUCUCAUGAAGAUCAUGAGGAAGAAGAUGCGGAUCAUGAAGAUCAUGAUGCUAAGGGUGAAAGUGAGGGUGAGGCUGAUGGAAUAGCAAAUGAUGCUGAGGGUGAAAUAACUUCAUUGCCUUUUUCGGAACAGUUCCUGCAGACUGCGAAACCACUUGCAAAGCACGUACCUGCUGCAUUACAAGAAAAGGGCGAUAGAUGCUCAAGGAUCUUUUACGGCAAUGAUUCAUUUUACGUUCUUUUCAGACUUCAUCAGACUUUUUAUGAAAGGAUUCUCUCAGCAAAGAUAAAUUCAGCAUUUGCAGAAAGAAAGUGGAGAUUUCCGAAGGAUGCAACCAAUCCUGAUUUAUAUGUCAAGUUUACGACUGCAUUGUACAGCUUGCUUGAUGGCACUGCCGAUAAUACAAAAUUUGAAGAUGAUUGUCGUGCUAUUAUUGGCACCCAGUCCUAUCUGCUUUUCACGUUGGACAAAUUGAUUUAUAAAGUCGUUAAGCAGCUUCAAGCAAUUGUAGCAGAUGACGUGGACAAUAAACUUCGUCAGCUUUAUUUAUAUGAAAAGUCAAGACGACCUGGACGAUUUUUUGAUAUGGUAUAUCAUGAAAAUGCACGUGUUCUCCUUCACGAUGAGAGUGUAUAUCGAUUUGAAUGCUCUUCAAAUCCGGCUAAGAUAUCAAUUCAGUUGAUGGAUUAUGGUCUGGAGAAACCAGAAGUUACAGCUGUUUCUAUAGAACCCAAUUUUUCAUCUUAUCUGUACAACGAUUUCCUUUCUAGUAUUUCAGAUAGAAAGGAGAGGCUUGGCAUUUUCAUGAGAAGGAACAAGAGAAAAUUCAGAAAUGAUGAUGACGAGGAUUCUAUUUAUUGCAAGGCCUUGAAUGGUCUUCGAAUUUUCAAUGGUCUGGAAUGCAAGAUAGCAAGUCUCACAUCUAAGGUUUCCUAUGUUUUGGAUACGGAGGACGUUUUGUUCCGCAUGGCAAAGAGGAGGAGACCUUCCCAAGGAGGUCAAACUUCUCGAAAUCAAACAAAUUUUUUAAAGUAUUACACGGAAAAAGUGCAGAAGUUCCAUUGUUUUCAGGCUAUGAAUCUAACAUGAUCUAUGAUAGCCUAGGACAAGUAGGAAUUUUUUGUCCUUGGUUGGGAGCUCGUUGGUUCGGUGCUGGGCAACUAACUGUUGUCUCUGACGUUGGAAAGAACAAUGAUAAGCAUUUAUGGAGUUGUAUGAUACAGAUGCCUAUAGUGGUUCAACUGGUUGCUUAUGCAACAGCAAUCAUGUAUAUAUUAGAGAUAUGGGUGGUCAUUUGUCUCAUUCGAAUACAGAACAGAUUUUAGUUUUUAUUGCCCUCACAAAAAGCCUUUUUUUGUCUACUAAAUCUCAGAAAUUCUCCCCACUUCUGAUGCUU